CAAACCGGCCGGUCGCCGUUAGGAAGAAGGUCCAGUCGGUUUUUCCUGUCUGCCAGUUGGCAGCCAAAAUGUUGGCCGUCCUGUGUGUGCUGCUUUUAUCCCUUUAUAACCCGGUCUGCGGCGUUUUCCAGAAACUGUACUGCACCAUAUCAGAGAGCUGUGAGUGUGACUUCAAGCCGAAUAUCCGAGACCUGGAGUGGGACCUCUACAAGAAUCUCUAUGGACAACAUCUGGCCCAGGACAUCGUGUCAGAGGAGGUGGCAAGGUUCCUUCAGAAUAAAAGCCCCGAUCGCCCCCUGGUGCUGUCCUUCCAUGGCUCCUCGGGGACAGGAAAGACGCUGGUCAGCUCCAUGCUGGGAAAUCACCUGUACGGCUCAGCCAUGAGCAGCCCAUACGUCCACCAGUUUGUUCCCACGCUGCACUUCCCCUUACCUCAACGGGUCGACGAGUACAGGGAGGAGCUGAAGAGCUGGGUGCAGGGGAAUCUGACGGAGUGCGCUCGCUCCGUCUUCAUCUUUGACGAGAUGGAGAAAAUGCCUUCGGGCCUCAUCGAUGUCCUGGAACCUUUCCUGGGUCCUUCCCACGUUGUGUUUCGCACCAACUACCGCAAGGCCAUCUACAUCUUCAUCAGCACCACAGGAGAGGAGGUGAUCAACAGACUGGCUCUGGAGAACCGGCAGGCUGGACGCGACAGAGAGGAGAUCAAGUUGUCCGACCUGCAGGACGCCGUUGCACAGACGGCUUACAGCAACGACACAAGCGGCUUCUUCCAGUCCAGCGUCAUCCAGCAGAAGCUCGUCACCCGCUUCGUUCCCUUCCUGCCGCUGAGCCGGCGCCACGUCGAGCGCUGCGUCCUCUCGCAGCUCUGCCAGCAGGGCAGCUGCGGCCGCACCGACGUGGUGGACGCUGUAGGGGGCGACAUGAUCUACACUCCCGUCCAGGGACAGUACUUCUCCACCACCGGCUGCAAAGCGGUCCCUGCCAAAAUCAACUUCUUCCUGUGAGCUGAGGAGCUGGUUUUUCAAAGGACUGAAAGGGAAACUCUUGCUUGAGGUGAGUCGGUGAAAAGAAUCAGAGUCGUGGAGGAGAUUCAGAGUUAAGGAUGCCUCCUGUGCCCGGAAUCAAAGGGAAUCGAACUCAUAAGCCUCUGGAUUCGAAGCAGUUCUGAGCUGCCAGUGCUGAGUUUACCUGAGGAAGCUUUAAUCAGUCAGUCCACGUCCGUCUGUGAGCUCAGGAGAGUCUCUUCCCUGACUCUGGUCAGUGUCCCGCCACGCUCUACCUCAAACACAACUCCACCUUUCAUUCAUGAACUCGAAGUUGGUACAGCGUGGUGUCAGAGUCCAGCUGCAGGUCAUUACUUGAUUUUUUUUUUUAGCUUAAACUUCAUUAUUUAUCCAGUCUUAAUUUAUCUUCUCAACAUCACCCUCCUUUCACAUUCACUCAGCCACUGCAGGAAACCUCUGGAAGGUUCUAGCACGAGGUUCGGUGCCUUGCUCAUGCGUUAGCUGAAAGCUAACGGCGGUAGGAAGGAGCUCGGUCUCUUUUCUCACUGAUGCAGAUUUUCUGCUUCGUAUUGAUAAAUGUCGCAGAGUCUCACUGAAAGAGGUCGGAGAUUCUAAUGUUUUUAAUGUCUGAAUGUUUUAACAUUCGAGAAACAUUUCUUUGCCAAGAGAUCCUCGGACUUCACAACAGUUUUGCUCAUGUCAGGUAAAAACCUUGUAUCUGUAGUAGAGAGUAGCUGCGUUCACAGAUCCGAACCGUGAACACGGGUCCAUCUGAACGUGUUUCAUCUACCGCCCGUCGUGCCCCACAAGAAACGAGAUGAUCUAUCUCUGAGUGCUGGCAUUUGGUUUGUCCGUUCAAAAACCUUGUAUCUCCAAAAUGUCAACUUCAUCUACAGAGCGUUGGAAAGUGAACUCACGAAGUCACUCAACUUGGAAAUGUUAAAAAAAAAACAAAAACACAACACUACAGUGGUUUCACAUUCACACUCAGAUGAAGAAAUUCAACCACCAACAUAAGUCCUUUUUAAAUAAGAACUCAAAUAGUGAAACAUCAGAUCCUGCAGUAAAUACAACGUCUGACUUCACUCAGUGGCUUUUAGUUUUAAAUGGAGGGCUGCACAAUUAAUCCAAAUAUAAUCAAAAUCCCAACGUGGCCAAGUGCAAUAAACAAAUCACAUGAGCUGCAGUUUAUUUUGUAAAAGGUAAAAUGAGUCACAACAUUGCUGUGCGUCGUUAGCACCACAAGCGUUGUGUUGCUAUGGAGACGCCCGGACCUACACAUCAUAUUCUCCAGACGGAAACACGUUCGUCCACAAAAAUCACAUCAUCAUUUUUAAAUGUUAUUUCGGUGAAAAUGAAAUGCAACUGAAAUCUGCCAGAAUAAUCGCAGUAUGAUUUCUUUUGUUUUUGCGUAUGGUGCAGCCCUAUUUUAACCUUCAUAAUAACAUUCACCCAGUGUGUGUUGAGAACAUCCACUGUCUGUCUACAAGUGUACUGUCUCUGCUGCUCUCCGACCUGCAGACCGACCGGGUUGUACAUGACCACUUCUGCCAUGAGGUGGCAGUAAAGACUUCAUUUUACCAAUUGUGGAAGAGGUGAAGCAGAGUUCACCUGCAGCUCAGUGCUUUUUAUUAUUUUAUUUAGUUGCUUUACCGUAAAAUGUUUUGUAACAGGCAACAGCCACGUGUGUUAAAACACAAAGUGCACUUUAUGUUUCUGGAGGAUGAAAUGGACCUGAGGGAUUGUUGAGAGAAACAGUGUGUGAUGAGGAGUCAGGAUGCAGCUGCCAAAAGACGUGCUUUUAUUAUCAAGUUAUGACAAAUUAAUUAAUGUUAUUAUUUAUUGACGGCUGCAUGAAGAAACGCAGCAGAGUCGGUGUGUGAGGAUGAAUCAGGCAUCUUCCUGUGUCUUUUCACCAUUUUGCUGUUUCAGCCACUAAAGUGUCGGAGAAUCUUUCAUAUGCUUCCUCUGAGGAAAAUUUAACUCCUGGUACUACAGUGAAAAGUACAAAUAAAUUUGUAAUAAAUAAAACAAA